AUGACAAAGAAGGUGGUGCUCUUGCUUCUUAUGGCUCUUAUGGUCUCGUGCUCUAAUGACUGUGCUUUUGCGUCUCCACAACCAUCAGAUCGAUAUAGUUCUCCAGAAACACCGAUAUUUUUUUCAGGAUGGAGAAGCAAGAUGAUACGAGUAACCCCAUCAUUCAGUAUAGGAACUAAAAAGGGUGAAGUUAAAAGACGUGAUGGAGAUUUUACAAAUAAUGGUGGUGAUGGUCAGCCACCGCCACCUCCUCCACCACCAUUAUUGCCACCAUCAUAG